AAAGCAACUUUACGGCAGUUUUGCGGCAGGUUGCGUCAUUUGGAAGGAUCCAGAACGCUUUGCGACUGUUGACAUUACUGGCUGUUUUUCGCAGCACCUGUGAACCGUGGAUGUUAUGAAUUAGCUUUCUGUCAGUAAAUGAGUGUUUUUGAUUUGUUUCGCGGGUUCUUCGGUGUUCCGGGAAGACAUUAUGGAGGCCGAAGGGACCCAUUUUUUGAUGCCAUGACUCGUGAUGACGACGAGGACGAAGAGGACGAGGAUGGGGUCUGGGACGAUGGGUUGAGGGGGGACCAGCAGGACCCUUUUGGCGGAGCCUGGAGGUUCGGCUUCAGCUUUGGUCCGGACGGGAUGAGGUUCCAGGAGCCUCCGGUGUUCGGACACGUGCUCAGAGAAAUGGAGGAGAUCUUCUCCCAGCUGGGCCACUGGGAAGAGGACACGUCUGGGCAUAUGGUUGUUCCCAGAAUCCUGCCUCCAUCACCACCUCAGGACAGAUCACAGAGAGGUGGGGGAAGUGGGAAUCCUGUGAGAGACUUUAUGCUGAAAUCACCUGGCAGUGACUCACAAGGGCCAACCCGAGAGGGCCCUGGUGGCAAUCAGCCCUCCUAUGAGCCUCCAGAAUUCCCUCGCUCACCUUUCCAUGGCUUUAGACCUUUCUCCAAAUUUAAUGAUAUUUGGAGACAGGGACUUCCGAAAACUCCAGAAGAUGACAUCAAAGAAGACAGAGAUCUGGACUCUGCUGUGUCAUCUGCUGGCCUGGAUCAGAUUCUGACUCCACCUGCCGGUCAGACGCCGAGCCAGCCCAUAACCCGGUCGUUCUUCCAGUCGGUCACCGUCACCAAGGUGGUGAAACCUGAUGGGACCGUAGAGGAGAGGCGGACAAUCCGAGACGGACACGGCCAGGAGAAGACCACAGUGACUCGCUCAGGAGGUCCUGACCCUCAGAUUGGACUCGUUCCUCCAGGUGGCCCACAGCCCUUCUCAGACUUACGGGAUGACAACUCGUUAUUCUCCAAGUUCUUUGGUGGAUUUAAAUAAAAUGUUCCCCGGACUCGUUUAAUGUGAUGGAUAAAAUGCUGAAAUGGAAACUUUACUAAUCAGUUUGGUUGAAUAUUUUAUUUUUGUACCGUCUCACAGAAAAGCUAAUAUGGAUGUAGUUAUGAGAGGGAUCCAAUAAAGAUUUAAUAUAUUUA